AAGAAUGGCAUUGUUGAUAGUGCGGUCGAACCCUACCCUCUGCUACCGUGGACUUUAACUUAUAACAGAUAUGUCAUCUGUAUUAUUAUUAUAUAACGUCAUUUUAUCUACCUUGUCUAUGACAAUUUGUAUUUAAAAGAAAGAAUUAAAUUAUAACGGACACUCCGCUGUAAAAAUCCGAAAUAGUUGUUUCUUUCUCACCUUUGUAAUCCUGCAAAAUAGUUAAGAGAUCCUGUAGUCAGAAUCUCAUUGUGUAGAUUCAAUAAUUUACAUAAUUGGCGACCGUGACAGGACUACAAAGAAAUUGAGAAGAAAAUAAUCAAAUCCAGCGUGAGUCGGAGUAGCCAUCACCGAAACGUCAAAUUCGUUUCGCGGUAUCAGGCUCAAACAAAGAAGCUAUUGCUGCCAGGCCGGGACCCGCCAGUUCCGCAAGUACCAGGCGCAAUAAGAAAACCCAGCAUCGGACACCGCCGUAAUCGUCGGGCCGAAGAAAUCGUCGUUCCGGAGCAUCGGGACGGAACGCAGCCACUGCGUCCCGCAAAUAUCGGGACCAAUCUCCAAGAGGGACACUCAUCGAGCGCCGGCGUAGUCGUCAGGCCGAAUCAAUUCAGAUAAGUGCCCAAAAUCCACAUUAAAACAUCAUAUUCAUCCAUUCAUAUUCAUCCAUCCAUAUUCAUUCAUCACAAAUCCAUUUCGCAAUUCAUCCAUAGCUCCAAAUUCAUCCACAUAUCACGCACUAUUCGUAUAGGUAUCCAUUUGAAUAACACAUUCACUUAAUUAUUGUAAAUUUGCACCUCAUAAUAUCAUACGUGACUCAUACGCGUCAUCCACCAUUUAAAAAUUUUAACGGUACGUGCAUCGCAUCGGUCACUGCGCGGGCGACUAAACUCAACUCAGUUACGUAAUAUUGUACCUACAAGUACAUCGCGAGUGCAAAAAAGAUAAGAAACCGGUUUGGACAGACCGCGCGCGUCGUAUUUGCAUAGUUAUGUCGCUCAAAGAAUUAAUUUUAAAACGCAGCGCUAUUAAGGGCCGAAUAACUAAGUUUAAAAAUUAUCUGGCUAAAAUAAGUCAAGAGUCUUUAGAUACGUUGCAAUUAAGCGAGUUAAAAAUUAAGUUAAGUAGAUUCGAGCGCUUAGAUAGCGAGUUUUCGAAAUUACAAGGCCAGAUAGAAACAUUAAAUGAAAGUGAGCUUGAUGACGAACUGGAUACCCGCGAGGAAUUUGAAAACGAAUUUACUAGUUCCACCGCCUUGGCCCUCGACAUUGUAUCGCGUUAUGCGAACGUUCGCAGUGCUGAAGGGUCUCAUAACGUUUCACUAGCAGCCGAUGGUUCUAAUAACAGCCAAGAACAAGCCGUUAGUCACGAGAUCGGGUUCAAACUGCCACUUAUUCAAAUUUCAAAAUUUGAUGGCACAAUUUUCCGAUGGCUCGAAUUUCGCGACACAUUUAAAUCAUUAAUUCACGAUAAUGCUCGCAUCCUACCAGUUCACAAAUUCCAUUAUUUAAAUUCAUAUCUGGAAGGAGAGGCCGCCCGUGUUGUCGGAAAUUUGGAGGUUUGUGCCGCGAAUUACGACAAGGCGUGGGGCUUGCUAUGCGAGCGUUAUAACAAUAAGAGGCAGUUAAUAAGCAAUCACCUCGACGCUUUGUUUAACAUUGAAUUACUGUCUCGCGAAUCUGAACAUUCGUUACGCGCAUUAAUAGAUAACGUAAAUAGAAAUUUGCGCGCUUUAGCGAGUUUAGGCCAGCCCACCGAGCAUUGGGACACACUAAUUAUACAUAUGGUUUGUUCUAAGGUGGAUAAUCAAACUAGCAUGAAAUGGGAGGAGCACCGAAACACUUUGGAUGAGAUGCCAUCUUUAAAUCAAUUCAACAAGUUCUUAAAGGACAGAGCUGACGUUUUAGAGUCGUUUAAUCGAAAUAAGGCUCAACAUCAACGAACAUCUAAUCCGCCAAACGCGAGCGGUAAAAAUAGAAAUACAAAUCCACACAGGGCACUUUCUAAUCGGUCGGCCUCUGACUGCGCUUCCGUCACCGCCCAUCGCAGACCUGAGCUCCAGCAGUCUCGAUCGUUACAAGAGGCUGGAGAAGGUGCGACAGCAAUUUUGGAGUCGCUGGCAGAAGGAGUAUAUAAGCGAGCUGCAACAACGCACGAAGUGGCGUACUAG